AUGGGUACAAAAGCUAGGAGACCAAACCCUGAGGCUCCUGUGAGGAGAAACGGAAAGUUUGUUACUGAGCUGAUGAAUCCAAAUCUCAAGGGAAAGUUCUCAACAGAAGAAGCUUUCCUAGUUUUCAAACUCGCCUCUGAAUGUUUGCAGUGCGAACAUAGAAAAAGUCUCAUCACAAAAGAGCUUGUUGCAACACUUAAAGCCUUGCAAACUAAACCACACAUUCCAACUUCUGAAAUGACAAAGCAGAAUCUGGAGGCAUCAUCUUCAAGUCAAACUAAAGCAUAA